CAAAGCAGGUAGCUUAGGGCGGUUGCGGUAUUCAUUCAAACCGCGCCUUCCCGCUGUUUACGGUUUCAACAGCGAUGGCAGGCAUUCCAGUAAGCCGGCAUGUUGGAUAUACAGCUGUUUCAGCCUCGGAAAUGCCAACUAGUCCAAGGAUCACGGCUGCUGGGAGUCCUCAGCGGAAAACCUUGAAGGCCGCUGGAGCAUGCCUGCUAUGGCUAUUUUGCUCGAGUUUAAUUAUCCUUGUCAACAAGUAUAUUAUGGUUGACCUGGGCUUUAAAUACCCUAUGGCGGUAGCGGCGAUGGGCAUGGGCUUCGCCUCCAUCGCCACGUUCUUCUACUGUGACGUCCUGAAGCAAAUCCCGCCUGCUGCGGGUGUAGACUCGGCCUUCUACUGGAAGCGCAUCUUCCCAGUUGGCGCAUGCCAGGGCCUCACCCUCUUCCUGGGUAACCAAAUGUACUUCUACCUCACAGUCGCCUUCAUCGAGAUGUCCCGCGCCUCCCUGCCGGUCACCACAAUGGUCGCCCUCUGGCUUGCACGCUUGGAGACCCCAACCGCCUCCGUCAUCCGCGCCGUGUGCCUCACGGCGCUGGGGUGCGGGGUGGCAGCGUACGGCGAGGUGCACCUCACCAUUGUGGGCGCGCUGCUGGCGGCAUCCAACCUCACCAUGGAGAGUGUACGACUGGUGAUGACGCAGUACCUGUUGGUGGGGUGCGACAUGCACCCGCUGCAGAGCCUGAAGCUCAUCGCCCCCGCUGCAACGCUGACGCUGCUGGUGGGGUCGGCCAUGCGCGAGUACCCCACCAUGGUGGCGGACAAGGCGCUGGACAUCGUACUCAGGUACCCUUUCCAUUUCCUGCUGGCUGCGUGCCUGGGGCUGGUGGUUAACGUCCUGGGGGUUAUAAUCAUCAAGCUCUCCUCGGCAACCACACUAAAGGUGCUGGCGGCUGUCCGGGGUCCCAUCGUGGUGAUGUGCGGGGUGCUGCUCUUCAGCGAGGCGGUCACGAUGCUCGAGUUCUUUGGGUACUCCAUCGCGUUGGGUGGCUUCAUCUGGUACCAGUACGCGCUGACACAGAAGGCGGCAGCGGAGGCGGCCUUGAGGGCUGCAGCUCAGCCCGCCAAGGCAUGAGAGGCGUCGUGACACCUGUUCCUGUGUCGACGAAUGUUCGUAUAGUAGGAAGGGGGCUAGCCAUCUGCUGAUGAGCUGGCCUGUCUUUUGUGGGACGCCUGACCUUGUCCGCCAACCCUGACAAAACCCUGACCCGCGUAAUUAGUUUUCAUGAGGCUUUCUGGCUCGCUGGUUUUGGCUGCUGCUGCUGCUGUUGCUGCCCAACCCCGGGGCCUGCCGGGGAGGAGAACUGUGACGCUUUAGUGACAAAGCAUUGUUUACAUGCAUGCACGCGUUUGUUGGUAUUUGUUGAUGUCGUUGUCUUGUUGCCCGUUUGUCGUCAAAUGCCUUGUGCGUUGCUUUUCUGGUCGGCUGGGAGUUUUCUGCUAGGGUGGGGGUUGGGUGCGGUGGGUUGGGGUCCCUAGGGACGAGGAGGGUAUGACCCCGCCUGGGGUGCCCCGACUAGCCUCGCUGUCCAAGAAAGGGUGAGAGUGGCUGCAGGAUUGCCGAGCACCUUUUGCUGAGAGCGAGAGUGGGAACAAUACAGCCUAUACAGGUGGUCGAACCAGGAAAGAGGCGGUUCAUGGAGGGAGGCAUAGCAAGCAGCUGCUACAUAUCGAAUGGUGGGGAAUUGCAUCUGGCUGCUUGAUACUAGAGGCAAGGGGCAAAUGCGCGUGCGGGAUAUGGCAGCUUUUCCUGCUGCUGCGGUUGCAAGAGGAGGUUGCAGUGCAUCUUGACCGGCGGAAAUGCAUGGCAAGUUCUACUGGGGGUUACUCAUGGCCGUCAUGGGGGGCGCUGUGUUACACAGCAACGUAGGCUGCGUCUUCCCAUAAGUGCAGGGUGGCAUGCAAGGGUUUCCAGAUGUGCUGGCGCAUCCCUUUUUGUGGUUGCUCUUGCUACCUUCCGGCGUCCAUUUGCACCUCUAGCCGGAUGGGGAAACCUCUGCUCAUUGCAGGUCCAGUGCAACGUAAUGUGGGUGGGUAAAAAACACAAGUAGGAGGAGUGAUUGUGCUGCACCUUGCCUCGGCUGUGUCAGCUCCGCAAGGGGGUUAGACACGGACACAAAAGGCACAUGUGCGUGCACAGAUAAUUAUAGCUCAAACGUGCGCUUAACACCGGUAAAGCAAGAGG